AUGAACCUAUGGCUGUUGGCCUUUGCGGCUCUGGCGGCUGUACCAACGGCCUUUAGCCAAAGCACCACAUCUCCCCUGGCUGCUGUGGCCGCUCUGCCCUCAUGUGCGCGCGACUGCUUCACGUUGGCUCUAGCCAAGUCACCCUGCCAGCCGACAAACACAACCUGCGUAUGCACGAACCCAACGCUGCAACAGACCAUGCAAGGAUGUGUCUUGCAAAGCUGCACAAUCAAAGACGCCCUAACAACAAUGAAUCUGACGGCCACGGCCUGCGAUCGACCUAUCAGAGACAAGUCGCCAGAAUACAUCACCAUCACCACCGUUUUGGGCACGGUUUCCGGCGCCUUUGUACUCCAACGACUGCUAUACAAGCUCUGGGCCAAGUUGGGCCUGGGUGCUGAUGAUUACAUGACCCUCGCCCUCAUCCUAUGGGGCAUCCCGAGCACCGUCAUCAAUACCCAUGCCAUAACGAAGCCCGGGCUGGGUCGUGAUAUCUGGACCCUGACGCCCCAUGAAAUCACCAGAUUUGGCCUCUACUUCUGGUUCUUGGAGUGGGCAUAUUUUGUAGAAGUCUGCAUGCUCAAGCUCAGUCUUCUUCUCUUCUACAUCCGCAUCUUCCCGAGUCCAGGGGUACGUCGUCUACUCUGGGGAACCCUCAUCUUCAGCGUCGUUUACGGUGUCAUCUUCGCCUUUUUCGCAGCCUUUCAGUGUACGCCUGUCAAGUAUUACUGGGAAAAGUGGGACGGGGAACAUCAGGGCAAAUGCUUUAAUAUCAACGCCAUUGCCUGGUCAAACGCUGCCAUCAGCAUAGCGAUUGACAUCUGGGUGCUGGCUAUUCCUUUGUGGCAGCUUAAAGGCUUGAAUCUAGACUGGAGACGAAAGGUUGGCGUUGGCAUCAUGUUCUGCCUUGGUGCUUUCGUUACCAUCGUGAGCAUCUUGCGUCUCAAAUCUCUUAUUCAAUUCGGCACCGAUAGCCUAAAUCCCACGUGGGACUUCUUCGAAGUUAGCGUCUGGUCCGUCGUCGAGAUCAAUGUCGGACUCAUCUGCGUCUGCCUGCCUGCUUUCCGCCUCCUGCUCGUCCGCAUCUUCCCCAAGUUGCAGGGCUCGACGGAACGAUACUACGGAAAGAACUCGAGACGGAAUCGGACUGCAACAAACCACAGGUCAAGCCGACUUCCCCUGGGACAUAGUGCCGGAUCGCAGGUGGACAGAUCACAGCCUCAUCCAAAUAUCGAGGGCAACCGCAUUGCAUAUCAGACUUCAUACACAGUCGAGUAUGGUGAGAAUGAUGAAGUCCAGCUGGUGUCUCUGAAUGACAAAUACAGCGCGAGAUCAGACAUACGGUCUGAUGUAUCAUAG